AUGUACUCCGAAUGGGUCUCUCUUCGUAACACGCUACAGCGUGAUCAAAGUAACAGAAGCGUUUUGCAGAAUUUUCCACCAUCCGUAGGAAAAGAUGUUGCUCAUACAGUUGUCAAAACACUCGUCAAUUCGGGAACGCAAGAGUCGCUUCGUUCAGAGAAAGAAGUGGAUUGGAUUAUGGAAGUUCUCUGUCAUGGGUUAACUCUUCAAAUGACCGAGAGUGAUGGCGAAAUAGUCAAGGGUUGUGUCAAUAUAUAUCUGGACUGGCUCACAGUUUUGGCAAAUCCUAAGAAUGGAAUUCCCGAACCCCUGCUCAAGACCCCAGAGAAAUAUGCUACGGCAAUUUUCCAACACUUUCGUAACCUUUUUGUUAAAAGAGCAGAGGGAAAUUUAGCUUUGCAAGCCUCAUUAUGUAUCAGAGUGCUACAAGCAAUUCAAGCUACGGCUGCAGAAGCAAAGAUGUCGCAUUUAACAUGGGAGGCAUUGCUAAAGUUUUUGAUGAUCAUAAAUGACAUGCUUCUUUCACCGCCAAACAUAUCUGGGGGACUUGCAGAACACUUGUGCGAAAAAUUAAUUAGUGUUCUGCUUGAACUGUGGCUUUAUGCCAGCUGUUAUCAUUUCCCUGCACCUUCAAUGUGGAAAACAUUGCGAGAACUUUGCAUGUCAUGGCGACAUCACAGUGCAAUGAUUGAUUACUGGAGCAGAACAUCUCUCUCUCUUACCAAGAAAGUGAUACAAUUCAUGUAUGGCCCUAGCUUCCCUUUGCCUCUGGUACCGACCAAGAAAAGUGAUGUCCGACUUCCAGCCAAAUUAGCUAACGAUUGCCUCAUACAGUGCUGGUUCCGAAUUCUCCACAUCAUAGGAAAUCCUGUUGACCUCUGCAAGAAGGAGGUCAUCAGUGCUACACCUAGAUUCAAAGAAUUUGCUUUGGAAAGCGAAGAAGUUAUUUCACCUGAGGCCCAUCCUUGUUUGAAAAUGCUUCCACAGAAUUUUUUGCAAGCAAUGAAAGGUAUUGCAGUCCUUAUAAAUGCCUUCCUGAGCAUAACGACGACAGUGGAUGAGCCAGUGAAGCACAUACCAAUACCGGCACCAACAAAAAGUUCAAGCCCGCCACCUGCCAAGAGGCGUGACCUGAAAUCCCUGAGUAUUGGUUUGGCUCUAGGUUUAAAUGAUCUGACAGGGAUUGUAAGAUCGCAAACAGUCCCAUCCAGAAAUAGCAGUGGAGCUUCGUCUACUGGAAUACCCCAGCUAGACCCACAUCACACAGAACUAACAAGCAUAUCCUCAACCUCAAUGCUGUUUCCUAGAUCAACAGCUUCUGACACAGAAAGGCCAUCAGGGGACAGUGUGCUUCAUUUGUUUGGAGCAUGGCUCUUUGAUGCUAUAUUUGCCAAGAUGGACAUGCCAGCAAACUUCAAGGCCCUUGGACAGAUCUAUGAAGGAUUUGUUGGAAAUACUGUUCCUGAAAUGACAGGAACAGGCCGGGUGAGGUAAGGCUGUGAAUUCUUGAUUACUUUACAUGUUCUUCAAAAGCCUAUUAUUGUUUUCCAUGCAGACAUGUAAUGUGAUUUUCAAUCUUUAUCACCCCUAUUAUUUGAUGGUCUUAUCUGAGUCAAUCUAAAUUCUGUAGGUCAAAAAAUUAAGGGUUUUUUCCUUUAUUGUAGGUUGGUUCUCAAUUCCCUUUGCCUCAUAGCCAUAAUAGCCCACGUUUGCUCUAUAAAAAAUCUAACAUGACUCUGAACCUAUCUGGUAAUAUUUCGAUAUUUUGUUUGGUUUCUUUGUCCUCAAGUCUCUUCUUUGAAAUGCAAGCCAAUGGAGUCACGAAAAAAAUCUUAAUUUUGUCCCUAAAGCCUCAGAGUCAUGUGAGAAUAUUAAUAUAUCGAACGUGGGUAAUUGAGGAAUGAAUUUCUAUUUUCUAUUAAUGAAGGCAAAAGGUGUAUCCAUUGAAUUGACCCUUCCCCUUUUUGCCAAUCAGGUGAAUUCCCAUAAGGGGUUUUUUUAGGAUCGGGGAUCAGGCUUGUAUCAUUGGAAUGAGAUGCAGGUUUUGGCAACUUCUUAAUUUGAUUGUAAAUUUAGUGCAAGUUGCAAAACAUGAUGAAUGUUAGUUGAAUCUUAUGUUAAAACCCAUGUUCCAGUUCUCCGUGUGUGUUUUUCAUUCUCUAAAACAUGGUUCAAUUAAACAUGUUUAGUUGUCAUGAAUGGGGCAUUAUGGGUAAUGAAAACCAUUGGAAUUGUGGGACAUGGGAAGAGACUGUUUUGGCUAUUGGGUUUAAAUAGCUUGUAGUUGUAUAAUGAUUUUGUUACAAAUAGUUAUGGUGAGUCCUGGGACUCAUCUUGUGAAAAAUUAUGAGUCCCUGUACAUAACAAGUGAGUCCCAGUUCAAAAACACAAGGAGUCCUAAAUUGAAAAAUUUAAUUGCUUGCACCUUUUUGUAUCCAGGCAGCUAAUCUGGAGAAGGAUGCCGAAAAAAACUCUUUAUUACAGUUUACUGAAAAAAGAAAUCACACAAACAGGAUAUUUUACCAAAGAAAUCUUCUAAUAGAUCGAUCGUUCUUUGUGUCCUAUGGAAGCAUGCCAUGAAUUAUUUUGAGUCUUUGUGGAGUUUUAUGCAUCAGGGAUGCAGGAUGCAGGGAAACAAAAUCACUGAUUGUACAUGUAUUAGAGGGAUAUAAUAUUAUUGACUGAAAAACAGUCCAUAUUUUUGCGUAUUCAAGUACGUGCGAACAGUCAAACAAAAAGUCUGGAGCAAGGCUAAAAAAGGGGGUGUUGCGCACUUCACAUUCUUGAGACUCUUAUGCUACGUGAAAUGAUUUUGGGUAAAUAUCUGACUGUUUUGGAGUUUUUUGGGGGGACCCUCCUUUAAACCUGAAUCUGAAAUUGUACAGUCAUGUAACCAUACCAAUCUGACUUUGUUGUUUGUAGGUGUGAUGUUGUGGGCUACUUCGUGGACAGUAAGUUUGAGCCAGGGUGUGCAGAGGCUUAUGGCGCUCUUUGCCGCAUCUUUUGUAGUCAUCAGUCUGAUCAAGAGAUUAGACCAGUCUAUCUCUCCAGAUUUUAUUUAGCGGUGGCAAUUGGACUCCUGUAUUCAGACGUAAGCAGUGUUAUAACAUUACAGUCAUUUUUGAUUGGUUGAUUUUCUGUUUUUAAGAUUUCCUGGACAUGAAGUGUAGAGUUUUGGUAUUACACAAAAAAUUUAGUAGACGUUUGAGGUGCAAAACAAGUGAUAGCUUCCUUUGGAGAGUCAGAAGUCCUUGUAAAUGAAGCCUAAAAACUUUUAUGAGAAAAAUAACUUCUAUUAGUGAUAAAAAGAUGAGUGGCUGAAAUGAAUUAAUUUUACAUGUAAAUGGUUCUUUACCUGUUUUCUCUGAGUAGAUUGAAUAGCUGUAAACUGUCUAAUGUGUAGGUGCAAGCUGUAAGGAAGCUUCCAAACAGUACUAUCCCUUAAUUUGAGUAUCAACAGAGGAGCUAUUAAUGUGAAUGGAGUUGUUGUGUGUAUUACCGUAGCCUGUAGUAAAGCUAAUGAGUUCCAAGUUAUUGCAACAGUUCUGUCUGAUUGGGUACUUAGAGUACACGUAACCUAAAUUUGGUUCUGCUUUGAAGAAUGUAAAGCUGGCAGUAAGAGUUUUGAACAUUAGCAUUAGAAUGUUUGUACAUAGUGUUACAGGGCUCCAGCUGGAGAGCUGAGUUGUCUUGCUGAAGAGAGAUCUUAUCAGCCAAGCUGCCAUCUUGCUUGCAUGUUCUGAUUAAUUUACAUUGUACCCAGCAAAUUCAAAUCUUAGUGAAAGCCCUACAUGUACAAUGUACAUUAUGACUAAGAUAAGAACAUUGAGGUAAGCAGUUAGAACAAGCAUUAUAAUAGUAUUACGUUGAGCAUUAGAAUGUUAAUUAUUAAGUCUUAAAACAACUUGGAAGGUGUUAGCUUUCCAUUUACAGAUUGUUGUUAGUCAAAUUGAUAUUUUCCACUCAAAUAAACAUGUACCAUAAUUUGUUAUUGUUCAAUCUCUUUCAGUUAUGUACAGGUCACGUUCUGUGCAGUAUACUUCUUAACUCAGCUGAUCUCUUGCGAGUUGACCUUCAGGGGGUACAAGUGCUGUUACCACACCUUAUUGCUGCUCUUGAGACAGUGCUACCCAUGAAAGAAUUUCAACUGAGGUGCAGUAUAAGCGCUAAUUAAAUGAAAUGAAGAAAUAAAAGAUGUGCAUUUAUAAAAUAAACAAAAUUCCCUUGUCACUAUAGUGUAUCAUUUUGAUUGGUGCAUUUGUCAACUUGUGCUUCCAUAAUUAUUAUGUUGCAUUAUUUUUGUCCUUUGGUAUAACCCCCAUCUUACUGCAAACACAGUCCAGAUUAAUUAAUGAUCCUGGAAACAAAGGAAACAAUUGCUUUUGUUAUGGUACAAUCACUUUCCUCACAUAAGAAUAUGUUAUUUUCACACUGAGAAUGCAUAAACCUACAAAAAGGCAGUUUAUGAAACUCCAUUUUUAACAGCUGCCGUUUUGUGUAAGAUUUUGACCAAUCAUAAGAGUUGCAAACAAUACCCAAGAAAAGUUUACAAUCAAUUUUUACUUGUUUCUUGCAUAGGAUUUCUGUUACUUACAAAGAUUUUUGUUAAAAGGAAGUUGUUUUAAGAAAACAGGGGAUUAAUAUACAUGCUGCUUUGUGAAGAUUUCAUGAAAUUUGAUGACUGUUUAAACCAAUCAGAAAUUCAGUGGAGACAAAAGAAAAGCUUAAAUCUUUAUGCAUUGUGACAUUUCAGUGCAUGUAGCUAAGGUUUUGUUUUGGAAUUCUUUGGUUCGCAAAAUGAUAACAAUGUUAACGAAACAGUAUCUUCCAAAAUCAUGUACAUUUACUCUACAAGUGAAGGUGUGAUAUGCAGUCAAUCCUGUAUGUCAUGCUUUCCCAGUAUUUUUCCAAAAGAUGUUUUUGCUCAUUUAAGAGUUCUGCAUCAUUGUACAGUACAUGGUAAAUAAUUAUAUUGACUCAGAGGUUGAGUUUAAAAACUGUAAAAGUUUACUACAUUAUGACUGUAAUCGCAAUUUUUUGUCUUGCGUAACCUUUUCUCUCACGAUGUUCACACAGGUGUAAUGUCUCCACCACUGAGCUUCGUAGAGCAGCAAUACAUCUUCUGUUAUCCAUGUUGUGCCUUCCACUGCAUUUUCAAGAUCUCCCUAUAAAAGGUGUGAAAUAUUUUGCAAACACUUUAUCACAGACUGCUCUGGUCUGUAUGAUUUUGUUAAAAUUAUAUUAUAAAAGAGUUUUGCCUUCAAUUUGGCAGCUUUUGGCUGCUUCCUGAGUUCACUGUUACUGAUAUUCCAUUGCUGUCAUCCAGAGCUAUCUCCUUUUUAGUGGAGGCUGCGUGGCCGAGUAGUUAGAGCGCUGGACUUGUAAUUUGGAAUCCCCAAGUUCAAGUCCCACCCUGACCACUAGCUGGAUUUCUUCUUGGUAGUCCUGAGUUCAAAUCCUUGGCAAUGCUUGUAAAUAGCCAACUGGUUUGCCUCUUAUCAGUUGGGAUUCUUAAACAUAUUAUCUUCUUCUUUUUUUUUUUUAAUUAUUGGUUCUGUAUCCCUGAGAAGCCCUGUAAGGGGAGUGGAUAUUUUCAGUAUUUAUAAUUUAUUUAUCUAUAAUUCAUAAUUUAUCUCUGUACCUACAGCUGUAAUUGAUUAGUACCUUGAGUUAAAGCCUAAUUUUUUACUUUGUCUAUUGUAUUUUUUCUAGACAUGACAGCAACAUGGAGAAAGAAAAACUCUGCUGAACAAGACAAUCAAGAACCCAAGAAGACACUGACAUUUAUGUCACUAAAGCCCAGACUCACUAGACUUUUGCUGGAAGCUCUGCAGUGUGAAGCGGACUCUUUUAAUGUUCAGAUCUUACUGGGAGGUUUGUUGUUGUUUAAGAAAGUUUUAAGUUGGAUGUGACAAGGUCUUCUGUACUUUUGUGUGUGCCCUAUGAAAAAAAAAAUGCUUGUUGCAUCCUUAGACAUAUAAGUGUACGAUUACAUGCUUAUACACUAACAAUUCCAACAUUUUAUAUCUAAUAUUGUCCAUCCUUUUCCCCUGGGCCUCCUAACAGGCAAAUACUCAUUGAUCGUCAAAUUAUCAGGCUUCUACACCAAUGUGCUGAUAAGUUCCCUCUGCAGCACAGACUGUAUUAUGGUACCCUGUUCGUACUCACAUAUCUUUUACUAUACAUUGCAUGACCAUUUCUCUUCAGGUGUAUCCUUACUAGUCCAAGACAGCGAGAUUGCGGAGUCCCAAGGGAUUGCUUCCCCUAAGCAGGAUGAAACUCCAGCCCGUGUGUCUGAUCAUCUCCAGGCUCCUCAGGAUGCUCGCCGCCGAGCCAGCACUGGUAGCAGCCCAAUAUCAGAGGCUGGCAGCACUGGUACUUUGGACAGUGUUGGCCAGCUUGGAUUCAGUCAGCAGUCUGUGCAGUCAAAUGGUAUGCAUUCAUACGUCUUAAUUAAUGUGAAAAAAUGUUACGAAAUAUGUGGAAGCUUAGCAGCUGAGUUACAAUACUGUCUUAUUGAAUGAAGCAGUAAAUAAUAAUUUUUCAGAAAACUUUGGUGCUGCGUCAGUCAGACAGAGUAUUGUUAAAAUUCGAUUUUGUCAACUUCUUUAGUUAAUCUCCUAUGAAGCAUGGUGUAGCCUGCAAGCAUGCAAGCUCUCUGGGGCACUCGGGCGGUGGGGCAGGAAAAGGAAGGAGAGCUUGCAACUACAUCUCUGGAAUUUGAUGUCUGCAUCAAAAAGGUCGAUGCAAAAUGCUGAUUGGCGUAGAUGACACUACUAAUAACGUCACUACCCUUGGCACCUUUUUUUUUUCAAUGUUUUUUUACAUUUGCACUCUUUUCUGCUUCAUUCUGAUUGGCGGAAAUCUGACAGCCCAGUUCACGGGGAGCCACAGGGGAAUUCACAGCAGUAUUCAAAUUCCAUCUACAUCCUCUUCCAGUGCUGCCACCAGAGCGUCCUGGUGAGAUUGAUUGCAGGCUAAUCAUGAUUUGUUAAUGACCUCUUUCCUUCUCAGUGAAUAUUGAUCUUCAAAAACACUUCAAACUAUCCCAGUUUCCUCUCCUCCUUUCCAAACCACAGUGUCCUGUUAUCUGGAAGCCUGUUCACAAUCUAAAUUGUGGUCUAGCCAAUUCCAUAUUACAAUUGCUUAGACCUGAUACUUUUGCCUCCACCACUUUUGACAUCCUUCAAUUAAAAAAAAUUUUGGUCUUUUACACUCGUACUUCAUGUUCUAAACUCUGCAAUUCUUAAUUAUUUCUGUACACUGAACUGUAUUUGUUCCCUUUUUUGUUUUCAGCUGACCUGAGCACAAUACAGGGUCUCUUUGUGCAGUUGACACAUCUCCUUUGUAAUAAACUUGUUGUGAUCAGAAGCAGCCGAUGGAAAUCUGACGUGCACAUUACACUGUCUGCGUUUGAGCUGCUUUCUAGUCUUGCUCAACUUAGCAUGGAUCAUUUGGGUAAGGAAGAUCUCAUGUAUUUUGUGGUUGAAUUUUAUCCUUGUUUUAAGUUUUAUUCCCCCUUGAGUUUCUUUUUGCGUAUAGUAAUGUACAUUGUCUGAUAAUGACUUUGAAACGAAGCAAAAGUAAAUUAAAAUCGUUUAGAAGAAAUAGAAAUAUUUUAUAUUAUUUCUUGUUUGAGUGUGAAGUAGUAUGACUUCCGCAAAUACAAUGGACUGACAUUGAGCAUGGGUUUUCCUCUUGAAGAAAGCAUCUAGAAAAGCAUAAGUUAUAGCCUGCGUAGCUGGUGGGAUUAGCAGGCAAGUGCCGUAGUGUUUUGGCAGCGGAGCCGCAUGAAGGUUGGGAGCAAGUUAAAUUGAUUUUCCCUCGCGGCUUCGCUGUUCUCGCUUCGCGUGGCGGCUCUGCCGCCAACCCACGCACAAAAAUUUCACCAGCUACGCAGGCUAUAUAAGACUAAUAUAGUAAAAUAUAACUUUAAGUUAUAUUUUACUAUAUAGUAUAAGCCAUCCAGCUGCACACUUUUAAAACCCAUGGAUAAAAAUAAUGUUGGAUGUUUUUUGCUUUUUCAGACCAAGCUGAAUGCAAGAGUACAAUUCACUGGUUGUGUGAUUAUGUAUCAUACCAAGCCAAUAAGAAAGCCACACAUCACUCACGUGACUUACACUCUAUGAUAGUUGCUGCAUUCAGCUGCCUACAAACAUGGAUAACGUCACACCCAUGGCUAUUGGACAGUCAGGUCUGUAUAAUCCUUUUACUCGCAAGGCUAGUGUUCCAAACGGAAAACACAAGAGAAAAUCCAAUUUAAAUAAGUAAAGUAGUGCUAAAUAAAUGGUUCCAUGUCAAAGUACUUUAGAAGGGGUUCGGAUAGAAGGUUACAUGUAGAAUCACCAUGUAAAACAUGAUGAAUAGCACCACUGAAAAGUAGUGUACAUUUGCUUUUAUUUCAAUGGUCACAUUAUGAAAAUUCCAUUCCCAGAAGUAAAUGUUAGAACCAUCGUUUACAGCGCAAUAAACAGCACCCCAGAAAAGAACUGCUCAGUAGAUUUCUUUGAUCGCCCUUAAAGAUUUUAUCCACAGAAUCAAAAGAUAGAACCAUAGUGAAUAAGGGCACAGUACAAAGUACUACUCAGUACCUUUCUUUUGAAUUGCUGCACUUCGUUGUUUUGGAAGUUCUGAAUUAACCCAUAAGAAAGUGUAUAGAGAAGUAAAAACGCUUGGUGAUAUCAAUUUAAUGCGUUGGGAAAAAAUUACAUACACAGCUAUAGAGGCUUACGGUCAUAAAAUAGCAGCAUCUUAAAUGAUUUGUUUUUGAACUUUGCAGGGCUGCUUACAGGUUGUCAUGGAAGUUGUUGAGCUGGGAAUAUCAGGAAGCAAGUCCAGAGAAAUUCCAAGAGUAAGUAACACAACAAACCAGUGUGGUUUUACUUGCACGUUGAAUUUUUGAGGUAAAAAGUCGAGACGGCGUAGGGGUGACAGCACUGGCCUCCCUCCAUUUGACACAGAAUUCUUGGGUCACAAACGAUGCCAACGUAAGUCGACCACAGCUUUCAUCAGUUUUGACACAGCAAUUCUAUAAAUUUCAGUACCAAAGUUUCUGUAGUGGCCAUUUGAAGUCCUCAAUUGUUUUUCUUUCAUAGCCUUCAAUUUUCCUUUCAAAUCGUUAAUUUUCUAAAAAUUUAGACUGUUCUUACCAACACUUUCUUGCUUCUAUCUCAAGGAUCAUCAGCAAGGAACAGAAUUCAUCCCUCAGUUAAAAGGUGGGUAAAUACCAAGGUUCCACUUCUACUUCUUGCAGUGUCAGCUCAAUUUUUUGUAUGUUCCCCUACUGAUAUAAGCAAGGCGAUAGGAUUAACCACGUUUAGGCUUUGCGUAGGCUGGUCAAACUUCUGUUCUUCUUCUGGUCAAUCUUCCUUUUCUUAUUUUCAAUGGUAUCUGCCUUGCAAAACACUUAGGCUCAAGGGUAACAAAAUUAAGUAGUUUUAAAAUCAUCAUGUGAUUUGUUAUAAUUGUAGAACAAAAGGAGAAAUCUCUACACUGUACGAAUUGAAAGUAAAUCUUGCCGAGCGGUGAACAUGUCGCAAACGGUGCACUGAUAAAAUCAUAACUUCCUCUGACGCCAAAGAAUGGAGUGUUGUGCGCUCAGAUGCUUUUAGCGGGAAACAUUUGUAGGUAUCAUAGGAUCUCGAAUAAGUAAUUAUAGAACGCGUCCUGUGUGGGAAAAACGUCCAGCUUUAUAUUUCAGUAAUGGUUGUACUCCUCAUUGCAGGUGACAAAGAACUGAAACCUGUAUCGUUCAGAGUGAGAGAAGCAGCUGAAGCCCUCUUGACUGUCAUAAUGGAACACUUGGUAGGUCAUCUAGGUAUUAAUGGUGUUCACAGUCGAAAGGAUGGUGACUGUUAAAAAUUUUCAUAUGAGCAGAGGUUACCCAUGUUGGAAGCAUGUUGAACCUAGCGUAGGCCAAUGCCAGUUCAUUACACAGUUAUCCCAGUAUUCACUAGUAUGGAGGCGCUGUGAAUACCCAAACCCAGACCUUCAGAUUUGAAGUGCAGCUCGCUGCCUCUCCCACAUUCCUCGAUAAGGAGAUAGUGUGAACUCGUUUAGAUAAAUUAGUGGGAGAAAUACUACUGUGCUUUGACCAAUCAGUUUGUAAUGAGAAACAGGUCAGACUCUUCUUUUAAUUCAACAGGGAGCUUUCCCUUCACCUUGUGGUCCAGCCUCCUUAUCAUCUCUUCUGGACGAAGACUGGGUUUUGGAUCACGUGCAGCCAGCUGAUGGCUCAACAAAGGUCAGGACAAGGCGUUAAGAAGAAGAUAACGUACAGUAUUCUGUCACGAAAAACAAAAAAAGCAAAGCUUUUAUUAUACAGCAACCACCUAUAACCUGCAUCUUGCUUUCGAGCGCAGCGUCCGCACCAAAUUUAAUGUGAGUCUUGAGCUCUCUUGCGUCCUUCCAUCUUUGUUUGUUUCCUGCCUUUUGCACCACUUCAUCUACCCGCGCUUUUCUCCCUUGCACAAAUUCCAGUACUUAUUAACGUUUGGUGCCAGCGACAUGUUUGUCGUACUUUUAACUAGUGCAUUUUACCCGCGCUUUUAUUUCUUUGCACACAGGUAUUGAGUACUUGACGUUUGGCGCCGUCAACAUGUUUUCCCGCCUGUUAAACAACAGUUCUCUCGAUCUGCCCUUUCCCGCGCUUGGCUCCAGGUCAUUUUACCCGCCUGCUUAACACUGCUUCUAUCCUCUCGCGCUCUGGCACCAGUUCAUUUUUUCGGUACUUUUCUCCUUGCUUUCUCGCCUGCCUAUCAACGGUUCUGUCUUCUCCCGCGCUUGGCACCAGACGAGCGCCAGACUCAUAUUAUUUUUGUUACUGUUUAUUAGCAAGUGUUUCACAUGUUACGUGUUUAUUUUUCAUCAGACGCCCCGCAAAUUCCAAUACUUUGUAAUCCAGGAUAGCAGUAUCAUGUUAGGAUUGUUAGAAGAAUCCCUAAAGCACAAAGGUAAGCUUUUGUUCAGCUUACAUCACUCAGAGUUAUUCAUUGCAGGAUACAUGAUUGUUUUAAGCCUUUUCCACCAUAAAUGCAGUCAUAUGGGGAGACUAAAUCUUUGCUUGCCUCUUGGGUUGAAUGCCCUGGGGCCCAGUUUGCUGAGGUUGUGGCAAGCCCCUUAGAUAUCACUGGCUUUGAAACUACUGUUCUGCUUUACUGUAGAGAGCUUUUAAGAAAAUGACAUUCAUAGUAAAGAAUUUUCUUGUUUAAUGAAGAUUCCCCAGAACUUGAUGGCUUAAUUUUUGUGCCUGUUUACUGCUACACGUAAGACAAAUUUGAUCUGAUAAUGAAUAACAACUGUACCACAAAACAACGAUGUCCAUUUAAUAUGCUAGCAAGGUUACCGUUUGCCAUAAAAUAAAUGAACCACGGCAAGCAUCGCAUUCUUUAAAAAAAAGAAUCAACAAACCCAUUGAUUUUAAGCGAUUUUCAUCAAUUCUAAACCCCGUGCAGAAACAAUUCUCACAUCGACGGUGUGACCCGGCCUCUCUAUAAGCUUUAUUUUACACUAACUUGAUAACAUCAACAUGUAUUUUUUUUUCUGUUAGACCCUUUACCGACCUUGUCAGCAGUUAUCCGUGGUCCCACUGGCCGUUAUGUGUGGACCAUGCAGUUAAGACAGUUUUCACGACAGAAAAAUGUACAGUACUUCAUGUUAUUUAUUCAAUUAAUCCUUUUAUUCUGCUCCAUGAGAAAUUUCUGCGAUUUGAUUGGCUUAGAGCAGUGGUAUUUCAGCUUAAUUCAGCCGAUGUAAACGUUUGACCAGUGAAAUCAGCCUUGUUUAAGAUGACAGUUGAAGAACUGAAUUUUUCUAUUAUGUUUCUUACUACUUUUUCUCAUUUUGGAUAGGUUUUUUAACCUUUUGACUUCUAAAACCAAUCUUUGAUUCUUGAAUUUUUGCCUUCUGCAAUGACUCCUGACACUUUCAUUAAUUCAUAUGCGAAGUUUUACGCACUGCAGCUAGUUGACGACCUUUUUGUUAAGGGGCUAAAAAGUCCUUGCUCUCAAAUAUCGGUACGGCGAACAAUUUUCUUUAGAAAUGCUUUAGUAUUGUAAUAUUUUGCACAAGAACUAACGUUCUUUCUAGUAAAUUUGCUUCUUUCUCCUUAGGACCUGAUUGAGGCGCACCUUAAGGACCCAGGGCGCCCUUCACCAGACAAGACCCAACAUCGACCGCCCCCGAACAUAAAACACCGGGCCUUCCCUGAAGCGGUGGAUACAGUGCCUCUCACGAAAGCGUUAGUGAAUUUGUUUUUUUUUUUCUUCUUUUGCAACAUCCGUCCUAUUUCCUCCAAGUUUUCCUAUAGCUUUGUACGUGCCUUAUUUAUAGCCUGCGUUGCAGCUGGUUCACCCAUCGUCUAAACCAUUGGCUCAUGCCGGCAGUGUAAAGUGUCUGCAACGCAAGCUAGUGCCUUAUCUCAGUUGGAACCCUUUUACUUAAACAGAGACCCGACGUUGUUGUUAUCAGGCCGGUAUCACAUGCAUUGUACGGGUGGAUAGAGAAAAAGAAGGUUCGGUUUGGGAAAAAACGGUGGCGUUUGCUAUGACCAGCAGCUCUAAAUCCUUCUCAAAAAGCGCUGUAUGACUUUGUUUUAAUAAAAGUUCUCUCCAACUUUGCAGGACCGCAGAGGAAAUUCGAACAUACGUUUUUUCCUUCGGCAAAUAACCUACGAUCAGGAGUUUUUUCUCGCUUCCCAUGAAAGACAUAAAAUAAAUAUAGAUAAAAACACAGUGAGUGUUGUUUGUGUGUGUAAGGAGCGGGGACUGUAACUAGUUCCAUUUCCAUCUGUUGUCAAACGAUUUCCGUGCACUGUUAGUUCUUAUUUUUUACCUUUUUUUUCUCUUUUUCUAGAGAUCGAAGUAUACCAGAACUGGAUGACAUUUUAGAUUCUAAACUCAGUGAAGUGCAGGACCAUAUGCGAGCACUGAUGCAGAAACAGGUCUAUGAUUACUUCCACCUUCCGUGUCUUUUAUGUCCGGUCCUCACUAGAGACGCAAGCACAAGCAUAAGUAUAAGAUUAAGCAUAUCGCGACCCUAUGCAUGAGCAUGAGAAGCUUAUGUCCUAGAGCAAGGACGGCCUUGACCCACGCGCUGGAGUGAGGACGACCUUGACACACGUCAGUAUAUAUGUUGUAGUUAAUUUUUUAUCUCAGGUAAUUUUUCUUUUUCUUUUGUUUUUGGGUAUGAUAAUGUAUGCUAAUGAUGUUUAAACAAAAGAAAAAGAAAAAUUACCUGAGAUAAAAAUUUAACUACAACAUAUACAUAAGAAGACCGAAAGGGUUCGAUAUUCUUGUGUUCAUCCAUAUGCUUAUGUCCCCUCCCCCGUCGUGACUAGCGUAGAAGCUCCUUAUGCUCAUUAUUAUCUGGCUUGCGUCACUUGUGAGGACCGGGCUUUACUCAUCCUUUACCUCAACCUCUUCCCUAGGGCUAAAUGGGAGGGAAUAACCCUGGGGACGAGGUUGCCUUUAGUUUACCAGUCAUAUCAGAAAAGUCCGAAAUCUAUAAAUUUAGAUGAAAUCUUGAGUCUCUCAGUACUUCCGUACCUGUGUACUCCGUUUGCUUAUGAUAAGUCUCGUUUUUCUCAGUAUUGUCACUUUGUUGUUUAUCCCCACUUUUCGACCGUAUACUGCUGGUCUUCAUCAUUCGUCUGAUGAAGAAGAGCAUUACUCCAUGCCGCGUUGCGGUCAAUAACGAAAUGAUUGUUGUGAGGAAAGUUACAAACGAGCCCUAUCUUAUACAUACCACAAUAAAAAAUAUCUUUUAUGAUGUGUCUUUUCCUUAAUAGUUGGAGCAUGAAACAGUGGCGCAGGCAAAAUUAAAAGGAGGAAAAUCGAAAGUGAAAUUUGCUGAUGACGGUGCAGGAAUAAGACCACCCCAGUAAGUAGCAGGGUUGAUGAAUGACAGCACAUGUUAUAUGUUUAGUAUUCUUACCGUAAAUCCUCUAUAAAGGCCCCCUCUUUAAUAAGCACAGCCCCCCUUUUUUCAAGAGAAGAAAGUUAUUAAGGCCUUCCCCUUCGCCCUCAUUUUUAACAAAUAAAAUCAAUUAACGAUAGAGUGAGCGCAAUGUUAGGCAAAAUGGAAUAAGACCCCCCCUUCUUAAAUAAGCCAAUGAUCUCUCUUAUUACCCCCCCCCCCACCCCACCCGUGAUUGAAAUAAACAAGUCUCUCGCUCGAAGGACUAAAUAGAUGAUUAUUUUACGGUGUUUGAAGCCGUUAUCUCCAUCGUCACGGAUUGUCCUUCUCUUCGGUAGGCUAAAGAAGCGUUGCUCGACGGGGUUGCCUAGGGAGUUAAGAAUAUUAUCAGGCGUAUUUUUGUUACGUUCAAUCUGGUCGUUAUUUCGAUACACCUGAUUUUAAUUCUGUACUACUCUUUGUGUUUUUCAGACCAUGUAACGAGUUUAGUCCAUCUCGUCUUUUGCUUUCCCAUCUUGGUUUACUGUCCAUCGAAGGUCUAAUGGUAAAGCAGUACUGCUAUUCUGUUUGCGCCUUUUUAAAGGGAUUUUGUUAGACGUAAUUGGUGUUUUUGUCAAUACUAUAAUAAUGUUUUAUAAAUUAUAAUUUAUAAAUUGUAAUAUAAACCUACAAAGAAGGAGAAAAUUCAGGACGAGGUCAUUGAACUACAGAAAGCAAAUUUAAGUAAGUUUUCAGUUCCCUCUUAAACAUCUAAAUAGAAAUUGAACAUCUGGUUUUAGGAAAGCUUGUUUCAAAGUCUUGGAGUUGUCAUCAAAAAGCUCUAACACAGUACGUUUUUAGGAUAGACUUCCGUUCAUCUAACAGUUAUUUCGAACCCGAACGCAGUUAGUCUCUGGUUACUCAACAUUUCGGUUGGAAAAAGUGACGAAAAACAAGUGCAACCUCGUUCCAAGGGAUUAUCGUCGUCCUCUCCUGUUUCAAGGGGAAGAAAGACAAACAGCCCUGGGGAUAAGGGUGCUGAAAAAGGCAAAGAGCACUGAAGACAGAGGAAGUGCUUUUUAUUUCGAUCUCUAACCUCGACUGAACUAGAGACCACGUUACAAAACACUAAGAAGAUUUCACAUCUGGCGCGUCAAGUCCUAGUCGUGCCUUGACAUCAGAAUGUAUUGGGGACCUAUCUUUCUCCUGCGUAACCCACUAAGCCCUUUAGAGCAACAAUCUUGGACAAAAAGUGUUGUUGAGAAUUUUGCACUUUCUUAUCCCCAGAACGCUUAUCCCGCUAUUAUGGUACCGCUAUGGCCCCUCCCCUCGCCCCACCCUGGUCAAAUUUGUUUAGUGGGGAUCAGAAAUGAUCCAGCAGGACUUUAACAAUGUUUUUUUGUUUUGUUUUGUUUUGUUUUUUUUUGGUGGGGAGGACCCCCCCCCCCCCCCGGGGGGGGGGGGAAAUGGGAAGGGGGAGUAUUAAUUUGUAGUUACCAGUGCUUUCAAGAGCUUUAUCUUGAAACUAGACAUGGGGUAGUCCAUUUUUCUCAACAUUUUUGUUCAAGAUUGAACGUUAUGUACAGUCUCAGUCAAAAUUGUUGGGACACUUAACUGUCUUCUUGCCCUCCCAAUGCUGGUGUGCAACAUUUGGUGAGUUAACUGCGAUGAACAACAUUGGGAGGACAAGGAGACGGGCCAGAAGUAAACAAACAGCGCUGGGUGGAAGUGUCCCAACUAUUUUUUUCUGAGACUACAGCCUUCUCCCUUGACUUGAUGCAUUUGUGACAUAUCUUUCUUUCUUUUGUAGGGUAAUCCAUUGCGUCCAUUCGAGGACGCGAGCCUGCUUGCACUGAAUUCCACGUCCAGCGGAUUCUCUCAAGCCCUGAAAGAACUUGAUCACGUGUCUACGCGAACACAGGAUACAGUUUAUGUGUUUUACGUGAAAGCGGAACAAACAGACGCACAUGAAAUCAUAGAAAACCAAGUGAGUAUAAUAUCUGUCAUAUUUACUGGAAUGAACGAACCUUAUUAGUGAUAUUCGACGCAAAGUGUCCUCAUAAAUAGCAUUCACCGAAGAUUCUGUCAAAUAUGAAGUUAUAUGAAAAUAACGAACGACCCAGCCUGUCAUCGGCGUUCUAAUUAAACAACAUUUGUCAGUAAGAGAGACUUGCCGGUUAGAAACAAAAUAAGGAAAAAUGACGGAACAUCUUAAAGUGUAGGGAAUGCCGUUUACACGAAAAACGUUUGCAAACACUUGACAUGGAGUAAAUUUGUCGUGCUGUUGUUGGCCUUUAUGUUGUAUAACUCUUUAACAAACACGAGAUAAUUUUGGCUCUAUUACGACCUUGUCUUCACGUUUUUGUCGGGUCAUGGUGAAUUGAAGAUUAAACUUAAAGUACAUUAUGUAUAAAACACACGCUCACAUAAUUUUUCAAACAUUUCCUUGUAUUCCCAACAGAUUGGUUCCUGUAAGCACUCCAAGGCAUUCCGUGAGUUUCUUCUCUCUUUAGGAUGGCUAGUCGAUAUAGACUCGCACUCGGGCUGGUCAGGGAACAUUAAGCAGUGCUGGAGCAGACGCAGUAGUGUAUCUACCUUACGCCCUGCGGAGUCCAGCUAUUUACAGUCCUCUCAUAGCGUGUCAACUCUCACAGGCAGCGAAGAACAGGAGGUGUCUGGUAGCGACAGCGAUCGAUAUGCGUCUUGUCGCGAGAGUUUCGAUAGUGAAGCAUCGCCGAGCAGCGGGAAGGAUUCUCCAGCCGUGAAUUCUUCUCCUUCUCUUCCUCCGACUGAAACCAAGCUGGUUGAUGAGAUUCUUUACUACGCAGAUGUAAGCUGUGAGGUGGCGUUUAUCAUGCCGUCCCUCCUGCCGCGGUAUCAGAAGUUUCGGUGCAUAGCAGAACAGCUGGAGAGCUUUAAGGAGGAAGUAGAGCCCAUGCCGCGAAGAAGGACUCGGUCAGGUAGCACUGGGAGCCUAGAAGGAAGUAGUAUUGGGAGCCAAUUGGAUAUCAAAAGCAAGAUAUCCCGUCAGGCCUCCGAAGGGAUGACUAUACACGAGGUAUAUGAGAGCCAGUGAUACUUUACCUUACUUAUAUGAACUACUUGUCAUUGUAGAAAGAAGCAAUGGGGAGGAAAUUAAUGCACCAUUUGCAUUUGCGCCAUGGCGUCAUUUUACUACUACGACCAGAAUCCUUUACGUUUUUCCUUUCAUAUUUAAAUCUGGUAAUCCCAGCGAGGUUUACAAAACAAAAGCACUUAUUUGCACAAGAAAGCAAAACCCUGGGGGAUUCGUGUCGUAGUCGUAAAAUGACGCCAUCCUGCAAAUGGCCUAUUAUCAGUGUCAUUCCAUUACAUUAUAUUAAGCGGCAAAAAUAAUUUAUAUAAAUGAAAUUUCCUUCCAAAAAGCGGGGCGAAGUUAAGGACUUGCUCUGUCCAUAAAGUAACAGAAGGUUUUGUAAACAGUUUAGCUGAUGCUAGUAUUAUUUUAAAGUUAAAGUCAAUUAUCCGCGAAACUAACCCGAAACAAUCCAGCCAAUAGCGAUAAUUCGCAUUAACGUAACAUACCAACCACUGGCACUUUUGCUCCUUGGACAAAAAAAAACAAAAAAAUCGCACUUUAUUAUUUUGAGUGUGAAUGCAUUUAGCAUAAAACUAUUAAUUUAGGACACCACUAUGUUUACGUCUCCCAAUGGAGACGGGACCGCCAUUUAAUGUGGCCAUCCAAGCCACGUGAAGGUCUGGCCGUCUGCAGGGCAAAGACAGUAUCUUUAUUGCUCAGUUAUUUUAUGACACUGAGAGCUUGUCCGGUCCCGGGGAUAGAACCCCUAACCUCCCGCCCCGCGGUCAAGCGUUCUACCGACUGAACUAGUCCUGUCGCGGUGAAAGGGUUAUUAUCGUUUAAGUCAACGCCAAGACGCUCUCUCUGGUUUCAGAACCGUGCCAUGUCGCGUCUUGGUAACGAACUCUCACUAGAGAGUCGACCGCUGUCCAGGUUGAGCACGCACAACACCUCGUCCGAGACAAACGUAGUGGUGGCCUGGCUCGAGCGGUUUGAAGAUCAUGCCCAGUUCCCUGUGGACGAGCUGCUGAUGGAAUUUNAGACGCUCUCUCUGGUUUCAGAACCGUGCCAUGUCACGUCUUGGUAACGAACUCUCACUAGAGAGUCGACCGCUGUCCAGGUUGAGCACGCACAACACCUCGUCCGAGACAAACGUAGUGGUGGCCUGGCUCGAGCGGUUUGAAGAUCAUGCCCAGUUCCCUGUGGACGAGCUGCUGAUGGAAUUUGAUCACGGUCAGAAUGUGGGACACAGCUUGCGUGAGAAAGACACCGUGGUUAUUUUUAUACAUCACCUGAGAAGUGGGCUAUACCGCAUCCAUAUCAGGUCCACAAUCAGGUACAUCAGUCUUAUGUCUUUUUUACUUUUACUUUGUAAGUUUUUUCUUAAGGACGACAGCCUUGCAAAAUACCGUGAUAUUAUUCAUAAAGCCUACGUUAUUCAAUCAUGUUUGUUAACUUUGUGUGUUUUUGCCAGCCCGCCUCAAGCUAAAGAUAACUGGUCAUUUUUUUAGGUCCCCUAUCGGUGGGCCCUUGGUGGACGGUAUGGUAGUGAGCCGCAGGACACUGGGCACCAUGGUACGGCAGACCGCUAUUAAUAUAUGCCGUAGGCGCAGACUGGAAAUUGACUCGUAAGUGAUGUUUCUUUUGAGAGUGUUAAAGUUGCCUUACGCUAUCUAAGUUGGAACUUUGUUUGCUGUGUUCUGUAGCUUCUUUGAAACCUUCUUUAAGGAAAAAGGGAGAAAAUACUUUUUAUUCACACCCACAAAGUGGGUGAUUCCCACUCUCGCUUGGUUCUAAUUUUCUUUACUAACAACUUGUUCAGGGAGUGGAGAUAAUGCCAUGGAAGUGAAAAUAUUGCGGUUGUCGGGCGUCGUCUCCUUGUGCCUCUUAUCUUAUUACUAGCUUAUAAUUCGUUAAGAUACCAGAGCAAAUCACGACAACUAGUGCACGGUAUGCGGUAAGAGGUUUGGAAACUGAAGACAACCUCGUUAACGUGAAGCGUUCGAUUUUUUUUCAUCUUUUCAUUUUUAAUCAUGAAAACUGCUAAGUCGUACUCUCGAAAGAGUGUGCUAUCCGUUAUCCACUCAGAUACCUCGAAGAUAGUUUUGAAAUUUCGUCUGUGCGUCAUUUUUUAUACUGCUACUUGAAGGUGCGUUAAUAGCGAUUGAAGACCAGUGAAACACUCCUUCUCGUGUUAAAUAAAUUAAAAACUAAAAGUGAAUCACGAUCAUUUCCCCGCGCAUUUCAUUUUUCCCGCGCUUAGUAGCGGUUAAACCUUUUUCGCGCACAUCGCAAUGGGGCAUCUUUUCCCUCACCAGCGCUGAUGGCGAAACGACCCCUUUUGACCUUUUGUUUUAACGCUUACAGGUAUUCCCCGCCUCAAGUUUGUCGUAAACUGAAGAUUCAAGAUAUCGUCAAGAAAUAUCGCCAUGAGCGAUCUGUUCCUGAUUUUUACGUAUCGCUCUUUUCCAAUGAUGCGAAGUAAAUUGCAGACAUGUCUUUAAAGUUGAAACUUUAAAAAUUCUCAAUUUUAAGUCAUAAAUACAAAUUAAGCUACAUGGAAAGACUUCACUUGUACACUAAGGUACUUGUACAAAAUAUAAAGAGUACCACAUAAAAGGUGCCGAUCAAUAACUUUCAUUAGUUUGAAGUGCAUCUCAAAUCUCAAAUUUUAAACGUUACCAAAGUGAUUUGGUUGCAACUUUACUCUAGGAAUUAAGGUUUAUAUGAGUUAUACUACUAUACAGACUGUUUAUUAUCGGUGGAAAGUACGUUGCUUAAUUAACAAAUAUAGAUGCCUUGACUAUGUUCUGAUCAUGAAAAGAAGAACACGAAGACGAAAGAAGUGUAUGGGAAAACAAAAGACGUAUUCGAGUGUUUCUUUCUACUUCUUGAGUGCUGUAGCUGCUUCUUAUGUGCUUUAGAUCAGAACAAGGUCAAGGCUUUUUUUCUUUCUUAAGGAUUCCUUUAAAUUUCCCACGCAUUGCUUUCUAAUGUUCUAAACAAACUAUUGGCAGAUGGAGUGACAGCCGAGCUUGAGCUCGUGCUCCGUGUUUUAUACCGGCUCCUGUAAAGCACGCUUUUUCAACCAACCAGUCUGCGCUUUAUCUGAAUUUUAUGAUAAUAGUAAAUGCAGUGAUAACUCCUAUUACACAGCAGAAAAAAGGUAAGCAGUUUUGAGUCAAU